AUGGUGCCAUCUAUUCAGGGCUUUAUAGAUGAGGGCAUCUGCGAUCAAGAUCUUCCCCUUGUCAAAGCUGCCGAAAAUGGCGGGCUUUUCGAACUUCGAGUUGAAACAAGACGCAACGAUCGAUUGAAAACAUUCUUGUCAUGGACCAGAGUGAGCAUCAGAAACUUUGAGGAGUACCAAUGGACCAUACUGCCGCCAUUCUUCACCAAAGGUAAAAGAAAGAACGUCAAACACUAUGUUCUGGCGCCUCAUAUUGUUCUUCCAUUCACUUCGACCAGCAAUCACGACGACAUCGGAACUGCUGAGAUGUGUGGGGGUGGCUUCAGUCGAGUCUUCAAAGCCGAGAUCCACCCUGACCACCAUGACUUCAGCAGCUCACCACAGGUGCGGCCAAACACUUUCGCAGUGAAAUGUCUCAACUCGCCGAGUAAGGAAUUGUUUCAAAAGGAGGUCCAGGUGUUGAAAAAGUUCAGCGGAGACUCGCAUCCUCACUUGAUCUCACUCUUAGCAACGUACGAGCAAUCAGGACACUUCUACCUGAUCUUCCCUUGGGCUGAGGCAGAUCUGAUGAAGUACUGGAAAGAGCUGAAUCCACGGCCCAUUUUAAGCUUCGGGACAAUAUCGUGGAUGGCCGAGCAAUGUCAAGGCAUCGCGGAUGGCCUAGUACGGCUUCACCAAUACGACUCCGACUUGCAAGAAAAGGCGUCCCAGUCCACUGGUCUUUUAUUAACACCACUGGAUGCUCUCAACAGAGACCACGAAAGCUCUAAGCGACGCUAUGGCCGGCACGGAGAUAUAAAGCCUGAGAACAUACUCUGGUUCCACGAAACAUUGGAAUCGAUUGACCAAGGUAUCUUGAGACUCACUGACUUCGGUCUAGCCGAGUUACACAGCCGACUCAGUCGGUCGAACCAGCACGGAAGCCAGAUGGCCAAUUCUCCCACAUAUAGACCACCUGAAUGCGAUCUUCGUCGGCGUAUCAUCAGACAAUCGUGCGACAUAUGGUCACUUGGUUGUGUGUUUCUCGAGUUCAUCACCUGGUCACUCGGCGGCAAAGACUUGCUGCUUGAGUUUGCCCAGUUACGAUUUUCGCCAGAUCCAUGGCUAUCUGGAAUUGAUUCGGACACCUUCUUCACAAUCAAUACUUCUGAAGUAAAAGAUUCGUCGACGGCCUCGGUGAAGCCAGCUGUUGUUCGCUUCGUGGACAGACUGCAUUCUCAUCCUGCCUGUAGCGAGUACCUGCACCACUUCUUGAACAUGAUUAUGUUCGGAAUGUUGGUGAUUGAGUCGGAAGAUCCGAGGAGUGGUGACAGACGUAUUACCUGCAUUGAAGUCCUACAAAGGCUGUCUAUGUGGCGAGAUAUGUGCGUUGUGUCUUCAAGAUUUUGUUCAGAGCCGGCUCAGAGACCUUUGGAUGAUCAAAGUUGGAACUCUCAUUUCCCUCUGCGCUCUCCUCUCAGAGUGAGUCAAUUGGAAGACCAUGCCGGACAUUCGAGCAGAGCCAAGGGCGGGGUCAAGGCCCAUCAGAAGCGAUCGGGCAUAAGGAGAGGUUCUGGGCCUUGA